AUGCACAUCCUGCCCACCAAGUCUGCCUAUUUGUUGAUCGUGCUUGCGGUAGUAGCUGGUAAAGCCUACGGAAAAGCAUUAGGAGAACAGAGGAAGCUGGUCGUACCUUUGACUGCAAAAAAGGGUGGAGACCAGACCUCGCCACCGAAGGAGGCGCUAGGAACACCACCUGCAAAAAAGAGUGGAAACAAGACCUCCACAUCGAAGCAGGCGCUAGGAACACCGCCUGCAAAAAAGAGUGGAGACAAGACCUCGCCACCGAAGCAGGCACUAGGAACACCGCCUGCAAAAAAGAGUGGAGACAAGAACUCCCCACCGAAGCAGGCGCUAGGAAAACCGCCUGCAAAAAAGACUGGAGACAAGACCUCCCCACCGAAGCAGGCGCUAGUAAAACCGCCUGCAAAAAAGAGUGGAGAGAAGACCUCCCCACCGAAGCAGGCGCUAGGAAAACCGCCUGCAAAAAAGAGUCGAGACAAGACCUCCCCACCGAAGCAGGCGCUAGGAAAACCGCCUGCAAAAAAAAGUGGAGACAAGACCUCCCCACCGAAGCAGGCGCUAGGAAAACCGCCUGCAAAAAAGAGUGGAGACAAGACCUCCCCACCGAAGCAGGCGCUAGGAAAACCGCCUGCAAAAAAGAGUGGAGACAAGACCUCCCCACCGAAGCAGGCGCUAGGAAAACCGCCUGCAAAAAAGAGUGGAGACAAGACCUCCCCACCGAAGCAGGCGCUAGGAAAACCGCCUGCAAAAAAGAAUGGAGAUAAGACCUCCCCACCGAAGCAGGCGUUAGGAAAACCGCCUGCAAAAAAGAGUGGAGACAAGACCUCCCCACCGAAGCAGGCGCUAGGAAAACCGCCUGCAAAAAAGAGUGGAGAUAAGACCUCCCCACCGAAGCAGGCGCUAGGAAAACCGCCUGCAAAAAAGAGUGGAGACAAGACUUCCCCGCCGAAGCAGGCGCUAGGAAAACCGCCUGCAAAAAAGAAUGGAGAUAAGACCUCCCCACCGAAGCAGGCGUUAGGAAAACCGCCUGCAAAAAAGAGUGGAGACAAGACCUCCCCACCGAAGCAGGCGCUAGGAAAACCGCCUGCAAAAAAGAGUGGAGACAAGACCUCCCCACCAAAGCAGGCGCUAGGAAAACCACCUGCAAAAAAGACUGGAGAUAAGACCUCCCCACCGAAGCAGGCGUUAGGAAAACCGCCUGCAAAAAAGAGUGGAGACAAGACCUCCCCACCGAAGCAGGCGCUAGGAAAACCGCCUGCAAAAAAGAGUGGAGACAAGACCUCCCCACCGAAGCAGGCGUUAGGAAAACCGCCUGCAAAAAAGAGUGGAGACAAGACCUCCCCACCGAAGAAGGCGCUAGGAACACCACCUAGGUUUCGCUUCCCUCCACCUGUCGGCCCAGUACCUACCAUCACGCUGCCGAAGGGUCCAUGGAAAGGUAUUUACCUCGUGUAUCCGCCGAUCGACCUGCGACUGGCUCCAACAAGAGUCAAGUGGGAUACGCUGUAAGGACUUCUGGAGAUGUGGAAACGGCAUCUCAACUGGUGGCAGAUGGAAAUGCCGAAUUGCGAAGACCAAAAUCUGAUGGGCUCCGAUCCACGCAAAAUGAAAAUCCUGCUCGUGAUGUUUCUUUUUGUGACAUGCGCUGCAAUAAACUUGGCCAAAGUAUUUUA